AAUCGAGCGACACAAAGGACUGAAUAGUAAUUUCACAGAGGGUGAAGGCAGAAGAUAUUCGAAGUUGGGAAGAGGGAAUAUGUGGUAACAGAUUUUUCCCGGAAAAAAUGAUUUAGACAAGACUUCCACAACUCAAUUACUUACACAUUCCAACAAAAGGUGUUCAAAUUCGUCAGGAUCUGAGAAUUAUGUUUUAAAUCAGUUGAAAUUUGAUUCGAAUCGAUCAAACACACUCCAGAACGCUUUUAUUGAUGGCGGAAUUCACCGCCCUCCGUCGCCUGAAGCCGAUCUUCAUCGUCGACGAAAUGUCGGUAGGGUUUGAGCCAAAAGAUAUCAUCGGCGCUCCGUUGUACGGUGGCAGAAGUUGUAGGGGGUUGAGACUAUCAGACAAACGGAAGAUCACGGCAUUAACCAAUUAUACCCAAAAUCGUACCACCAGAGAUACUAGAGUCUUCGCGUCGGCGUCUGGGAGCAAGUCGAAGAGCAUGAAAGGCAAUGAAAAGGACGCGAUUGUCGAUCAGCAAGCUAUUUAUGAUGAACUGUUGGGAGAUCCUGAUUAUGAGAGUGAUAAUCUGUCUUGUUUCAGAGGUUUAGUUUUGGACAUCUCGUACAGGCCUAUAAAUGUUGUCUGCUGGAAACGUGCCAUUUGUUUGGAGUUCAUGGAAAAGGCUGAUGUUCUUGAAUAUUAUGAUCAAACUGUGAACUCUCCUAAUGGAUCCUUCUAUAUACCUGCUGUUUUAAGGGUUCCACAUUUGCUUCAGGUUGUUAAGAGAAGAAGAUUUGUGAGUUUGCUUAGCCGAAAAAACGUAUUAGCUCGUGACAAUUUUACUUGCCAGUAUUGUUCUUCUACUAUGAACUUAACUAUUGAUCAUGUCAUACCCAUGUCACGAGGUGGAGAAUGGAAAUGGGAAAAUCUUGCUACUGCUUGUUUGAGUUGCAACUCAAAGAAAGGUCAUAAAACACCCGAGGAAGCUAACAUGAAGUUGCAUAAGGCCCCAAAGGCACCUAAAGAUUAUGAUAUAGUUGCAAUACCUUUAACAAAUAUGGCGAUUAAGAUGCUAAAAAUGAGAAAGGGGACGCCCGAAGAGUGGCUUCAGUAUUUGGGAGGGCCAUCGCCUUGACUUGAUUAAUUUGGUUGUAAUUUAUAGAUGUCCAUAAUUAAUAAUUUUAUUGUAUAUAGACUUUGAUCUAAUAUAAUAUGUAUAUUCAUAUAGGAUAUGGUGCUACACUUGUAAAGACAUAUGUCUAUAUUUGUAAAUAAAGAUAAUCACAAAAAGAACAAAAUAUGUGGAGUUAUUUAA